AUGUCUGCAGCAGUUGGAGGCGCUCCGCAUGCCCAUGGGCAUAGCGAUUCUGUAAACGGCAGAAAUCCUACGAUUCCUGCCAUCCCUUCUGUCAACGGAAGCGUCUCACUACCCGACCACACGCGUAAACCGUCCAUGACAGUUACACCAGCUGGCGCCACCGGCUUCGCAGCAAACGGUGGUGCUCCUGGUGGCCCUCAGAACAAACCAGGAAAUAUUCAGUUCGGUUCGCUGGGAGUGGCCAACGCGGCUGGGUCCCCUGCGAUGGGCACACCCCCUUCGUUGGCACAUCAAAACUCGGCAAAUCUUAGUGUGAGCCAACUGAAUCCUCGCGCAACCUCUCCCUCAAAUUCUCCGUCCCCAAUUCCUCAACCUGCCUCCGUCAGUGGCGGGAGGCCUCCCAGCGGUUUUCAGGGCCACGGAAAUGGAUAUACAUUUGGGCAGCUCUCGGGCGACCAGAACGAUCCAAGUGGUAUGACUAGGCCGAUAUCUCAACUACAGUUUGGACCUCAACAAGAGCACAUGAGACGAGGCUCCUCGCAGUCGAUCCACAGCGACGUCGGUGGUCCAGGCAUUCCAGCGGGCCCAACCCGUGGAGGCUAUCCAGGUGGCCCAGGUCGCGGCAGAGGCUUCAAUCCUCAAUAUCAACAACAACCCAUGCAUUUCUCGCCCCAACAACAAUUUCGACCUCCUUCGAACGGACGCUCAUUCCAAGGUGGAUAUCAAGGUCGAGGUCAACAACUUCCAUACCAAGGAUCCCCCGCCAUGGGCACCCGCAGCCCAGCUCUUGUCAACGCUCAGCCAGGAACCCCGAAUAUGGGAGGUCAAAUACACAUGGUGCAGCCCGGGAUGCAGCCUCAACCCAAUGGAUAUUAUAUGGGACCCCAACAUGUAAAGAACCACCCAUCGUUUCCUUCUUCACGUGAUCCUGCCAGAGAACCCGCAAGAGAAAGAGGCAAGCCUGCGAGGGGCCGGAACCGUGUCGGUCGUGGGGCUGGUCGCGGUAACGGCCCUGGUAGAGGUGGACACGAGGAGGGAUCAACUUUCUACAGCAAAGAUCCAGCCUCGGACUACUACCGCCCCGAUCUUGCGCUUCCCACCGUUCAAGUUGUCCCCGAACUUGUGCAGCCCCCCGUUCAAGUUGUCACCAAUACUCCCAAUGUCUUUCCUUACCCUGACUUGUCCCCUGAGUCUGGCAAUUUUGAACGUUAUUCAGAACAUUUUCUGACUGCGAGAGCACAGGCCUUCCCCAUGACUCAGGCUGAUCCUAGUAUUCAGCAAAUGUAUUUGCAGCAAAUGUAUGCCCAAGGGCCCAUGCCGACCCAAUACAAUCCCCAAUACGGCAUGCAGCCUCAAUCUCCUCGCCCACACUUCAACCAGGGCAUGUAUGCACCCAACAUGCAGCCUUCAUACAGCAAUCAGGGCGGACCGCCACCUUCAAUGUCGAGACAGUCUUCCCAGAUCUCUGCUCCCGAUCGGCCUGGUUCCAGCAUUGGCCAACAACCACCGACUCCAGGUCCCACUGGCCCUCCGCACCCGGCCAAUCGAGCUCCGAGUGUCUCUUCGCAGAAGUCCAACUAUACCAUUCCUCCGAAGAAGAGUGCCGCCGUCACCAUCAAGAAUACCGCUGGCGAGGUCGUGUCUUUCAAUAAGUCGCCUGCAUCCCCUGCGAACCCUACCCCCGUCCCGGCGACAGGUCCUCCGCAGUCAGCGUCAACCCCUCCUAGCCGAACUGCCAGCGCCGCCGACAAUGCUCAUGGCCGAACAGAUAGCGUCAGCACGAAGACUGCAGAAGAGGUCAAGAAGCAAAUGCAGGAAGCUGUUGCCAAGAAGAUUGCAGAAGAUGAAGCCAGGCUAAGGCUGGAGAAGGAACUAGCCGAAAAGGCCGAGAAAACCGAGAUGGAGAGGGAAGCCGCUGAAAUGGCUGAGCGAGAGGCCGCGGAGGCUCAAGCCAAGGCGGAGGCGCAAGAGAAGGAAGCCAAAGAAGCUGCAGAGAAAGCCGAAGCCGCUAAGCAAGCUCAAGAAACAAGACCUGAAGAGACUCCGGCAACCCCUGCCAAGCCACAGCAGGAUGAGCUUGACUUGGACGCCCUUGCUGCUGAAAUGGAAGCCGAAGAGGCUGCCAGGGAAGCAGAGGAGCUGCGACGCGAGGAAGAGUACAAGAAGAGAAAAGCUGCCCAGCGCGAGGCCCAGCGAAAGAAAGAAGAGGAAGAAGCGGCGGCUUAUGAGGCAAACAUGAAAGAAUUGGAGCGUAAGGCCGAGGAGGAAGAAUUGGCUCGCGAGAAGGAAAAGGCGGAGGGCACCUCAGGAGAUGAAGCCAGCAAGAAACUCUUCGCUGAGCUCAAGCCCAAUCCAUUUGGCACUCCUGCGUCUGUUGAAAGCCCUGCUGGUCCGACGACUCCAGCCGAAAGUGGAACUGCUACGCCCGUCUCCGAUGUAUCAAUGCCACCUCCCGCGAAGGCCCCUGGACGUCGUACCAAGGCUGCCGAACUGACUCUCGACACUAAGAAGCCCGUCGAGCCACCUGAACCGAGUGCAACGUUGAAGGCCUUGCAGUCUGCGAAGAAGCUCGGUGACAUCUCCAAAGUUGUUUAUCCACCAGACAUCGCGUCCCCGAAUCCUGCCCUGAACGCGAAUGCCCCGGCCGAUCGCGGAUUCAAAUACAACAAAGAGUUUCUGCUCCAGUUCCAGAGCGUAUUCAAAGAGAAGCCGACUCUUGAUUGGGAUGCUCGCAUUCGAGAUGCAUUGGGCGAUGGAGAUGCUUCAGCUCGACCGAGCGCUUCUGCCAGGACACCUUCGGGCAUGGGUGCCCGCAGUGCAUCCUCUCGUGGACCUCCUCCCAUGAGCAACUUUGGGCCUAUGGGCACUUUUGGUGGUGGAGUUAACCGACCCACUCUCCCACCAGGUACAACCUCAGAGCAGCGAUUUGCUGCAUCGAACGCUUUGAGGAGUGGAGCGAUGGCGACCAAUCCAUUCGCUCAGUUCGGACGCCCAGGAGGACAGAUGCAGCCUCCUAUGGGCGGCCGAACACCUUCCAGCGGCCCGCUCGGUCCCAUUCCUGGGUCUCCUCGCGUGGGCGGUGCAAGUCGUGGGGGCUCCCGUGCUGAAAGCAAGCGUGCGAAGCAGACCGCUAAGCAGAUGGCCGAAGAAAACAAGUCCAUGCCUCUUACUGCCGGUAUGGCUAUCACAGCCCUUGAGACCUCGGCUACCGGAUGGAAACCACGGAGCCUUGUCCAGCCCAUCGUUUCCGGCCCUGCUCCCGGUGGCGACGGCCUAAUGGAUCCUGAAACAGUGCAGCGCAAGACAAAGGCACUUUUGAACAAGAUGACUCCCGAAAAAUUCGACAGAAUUUCGGAUCAAAUAUUGGAUAUUGCUGCUCAAUCCAAACACGAAAAAGACGGCCGAACACUACGCCAAGUCAUUCAGCUCACUUUUGAAAAGGCCACCGAUGAAGCUCACUGGGCAGGCAUGUACGCCUCGUUCUGUCGACGAAUGCUAGAAAGUAUGAGUCCGGAUAUCAGAGACGAGGGGAUUAAGGAUAAGAAUGGUAAUGUCGUGACCGGCGGGAAUCUAUUCCGGAAAUACCUCCUCAACCGUUGCCAAGAGGAGUUUGAACGUGGCUGGAAGGUCAAUCUCCCUCCUCGACCGGAGGGAGAAUCCGAAGAGGCUGCCAUGCUCUCAGACGAGUACUAUAUUGCAGCAGCUGCGAAGCGUCGUGGUCUAGGUCUCGUCAAGUUCAUUGGUGAAUUGUUCAAGUUGUCGAUGUUGACCGAACGAAUCAUGCAUGAAUGCGUCAAGAAGCUCGUCGAUUACGAGGGGACUCCGGAUGAAGCCGAGAUAGAAAGCUUGACAAGCUUGCUGCGGACAGUCGGGAAACAACUCGACAACCCCGAGAGCAAGGCACAAGGCCGAAUGGACCUUUACUUCGAGCGCAUCAAGUCUAUGAUUGAGCUGCCCGAACUCCCCAGUCGUCUUCGAUUCAUGCUCAUGGAUGUGGUUGAUCUACGGGCUAAGGGCUGGGCCUCUAAGGAAGACAAUAAGGGCCCUAAGACUAUCACCGAGAUUCGCGAAGAAGCGGAACGCCAGGCACGUGAGGACGAACUCAGGAGACUUGCCAGCCAGACCGGUGGUCGUGGUGGCGGAGGCCGAAUGCCCAUGGGCCGUGGCGAUGCCCGAAGCUUCAGCGGCUUUGGAGGACAAGUUCCUCCCCCUGACACCUCAAACCGCGUGGGUACCGACGACCUUCGAAAGCUUGGUGCACGCAGUGCUCGCCAUCCCAGUCAUACCUCUGGUCCUGGCCCACUGGGCCCUCCUAGUUUGAUGGGCGGGCGUACCAACAGUGGGCGCCGUGGACUUGGACCAGGUGGUCUCCUCGGACGAGGAGAUGACAGUGCUACUAGCAGCCGAACAGGAACGCCUCCGGCUCAGAAAGACAAGGAGAAGAAAGAUGAGUCCAGCACAAAUGCUUUCAGUGCUCUUGCCGCUCUUGAGAACGACGGGCCUGGAUCACCGCCAUCUAAUCCCGCAUCACCUCCUACGCAAAAGUCUCAGCCAAGCAUCGAACGGGAACGAUCGAGAUCACCGGACAAGAGCGCCGAGUGA